AGCUGUGUAUGUUUGGGAUAUUCAGCCAUGCUGCAGCAGUCAGAGCUCAUCUUUGAUUUCGCCAGUGACCAUGUUAACAUGUCACAGAUGGAGGGUCAUUCAGAUUACCCUGCAGUGAUAGUAGAACAUGUUCCCCAUCCACACCUGCUCUCCUAUUCAGGUUUAUCAUGUGAACAGUCCGAGACAGAGGAGGAUCACCAGUUCAAAGUGGAGCCAUGCGAAAGCGGAGAAGAAGAGACCAUGGAAACGCUCGUGGCCGCCGACUCACUUCUCAACAUGGACUGCGCUGACACCCUGUCCCUGGAACAACACUAUUCACAGACCUUCUUACCGUCACUAGGUGAUGUCAUCACUACUCCGGUUACCCAGGUGACUGUGUCAGCAGAGGGAUUGUGGGAGCUGUUUGACCAGCCACAGUGGCACUCGUCCACAAAGAAGCCGACAGCACAACUGCAGUCCCAGAACAGAGAGGUAAAACCUCGACACCGGAGGGCAGAGUCUCCCACACCGGAUAUUAUAGUUAAAAAAGACAAGUAUAACAAAGGAGGAAACACACUGUAUCUGUGGCAGUUCCUGAUGGAGUUGCUGCAAGACAGACAAGUCUGCCCCCGCUACAUCAAAUGGACUAAUCCCCAUGCAGGGAUCUUCAAGUUGGUCAACUCCAAAGCAGUGGCCAGACUCUGGGGCAAACACAAGAACAAACCAGAUAUGAACUACGAAACAAUGGGUCGAGCACUCAGAUACUACUACCAGAGAGGCAUACUGAAUAAAGUGGAAGGUCAGCGUUUGGUCUAUCAGUUCACAUCACUGCCCAAAGACAUGAUCUAUAUCACCGACGUAGAGGGCACCAAAGAAGAAGAGGAGGAAGACCACGAUGAUAGUAGCGGGAAUGAUGAUGCUGUGAGCGAUGAGUCUGAUGACAGUCUGUCUUCAAGUGACCAUUCAGUGGAGGAGGAAGAAGUAGUUUCCCCGCCACCACAAAAAAAGAUGUCGAAUAGCUCUGUCCGAGCCCCGGCCGCCCCAAGGUCCAGGCAGACUCCAAAACCAUCGGGCCAACGUGACACCGUCCUGCGGCCCGUCAGCACCGGCAGCCUGAUCCAGGAGCAGCAUCUGCCCAUCGUGUCCGCUGAGAUGCUGCGGACCUUCCAGAACCUGCAGAAGGUCCAGUCCCUGCAGCCGUCGGGUCAGGCUUCAGUCUUCAAAACGGCUCAGCUGCUGGGGAGUCUGUGUGAACGCCAGGCGGCUGCUGAGGUGGCGGUAGACCGUAAGACUGCACCGGCGAUGCCAGAACAGAAGUCACGACGACAGACGGCGUCCCAAGUGGAGACUCCACAUCUGGUGUCCAUAACUAGCUCUGAUCAAUAAAGAAGACCACCCACGCCCCAAGCACACACACAUACACACACACACACACACACACACACAUACAUACACUCCACAGACUCAGGACCAGUCACACAUCUGCGUCAUGCUGUCGUGUCAGUGCCUGAACUAAAGGGCAUUUAUUUUUUACAUAUGUUGGAAAGGAAGUAUUGGUUUAGGAUUCUAAUUUUAGAUCACAUUAUGGUUUGGUAAUAGUAAUCAUACCUGAUCAUUCUUCCUUCCUGACACCCAACCUGUCCUUCAUCUCAACCCUGUCUCACAGAAAUAAUGGUCCUAAAUAACUAAAUUGCAAAUUGAGUCAUGUUUUGUAGAAAACAUAAUGGCACCCAUAUUAUGGGAGAAUAGAGAGCACAUCCAGUCUACUGUAGACUUUUAGGUCUAGGUAAUAACAGCACUUUGGAUAUGGUUAGAAAAUGAUAAUGGUGUGGUUCAAAUAUUAACAAUCAAAUUGGAAAUUACAUUUAAUCACAUUUUGGCAGAAGAAGGGUGUCUAACACACUUUAAUAAUUCUGUCAUUAAGAACCAGUGGUUGUUAAACAAAAUACACUGUGUCCAACAUUUUCGCCCCUAAAUUAUUUCUUUAAAUUAUUUAUAUUUUCUCCAAAAUGUUAUUGGAUUUUCAGUUUAGUUGUAUAUGAACAGAAUUUGUGAGUUACAGAUUUAGUUACACCAUCUGACUUUCGAUGAACAGGAACCAAAGGCUGUGUUCACACUGGAAGCUUUAGUGCUCAAGAUGGAUUUAUUGCUCAGAUGUUGUCUUUUUUAUUUUAUUUGCUUGUUCACAUUAUAUUUUUUAAGCACUUGUCUUGUUUCUGUUGUGAAGUGGUCAUGAAAGUAACCUGCUUCCACAACAUGCAGUGUAUGACCAGAUCAAAACUGUGAUGAAUGUCAGUAUAGAGUGACAUAAUACUUGUAUGAAUACCAAUAUGAUGUGUUCAGACUGUUUUCACAAAAAAAAAAAAAAAAUCAGACGUGGCCCAAAAAAUUUCGAAACGAACCAACUCAGAGUCACCUUUGCCUGCAGUGUGAACGAAGCCAAAGUCUCACAGCAGUAAGCAGUUUACCUUCCAUGAACACACAGACUAUAAAAUCCAAUGCCCUUUAUCUCAGCCUUAUGUAACUUUUUAUUGCCGUUAAUUAUUCAAGACACCAAAGUCAGACAUGCACUGGAAUCUACAGCCUCUCUGCGCCUUCUGCAGACACCGCCCUCUGCUUGCACUUCAGCUCCACUCGUCACGGAGCUAAUUUUCUGAUCAUCACACUGUGCCCUUCUAUUUUUUUUUUCUGACUCUUAAUCUUACUCUUCCUUACUCAUUCCUUUUAUCCUCUCAUGCUGAAUCAUCCCUCUGCCUUGAAAAUGGCUUUGCACUAAUGUUUACCCCUGCUGUAUGUUGUCUCCUCAAAGUGCCUGAAGAUCUCAGUCCAUCCUGUUCCCCCGCUUUCUCCGGUUUCCAGUUUAAUUAUGAGGUUAUUAAGGGAAACAUUCCAUAUCGUUUUAUUUUAUUACUGAAUUCCGUUUGUAUUGUGAACUGUUUAAGAACAGAAAAACAAAAAAAACAAGGGAUCACUGUUCUUUCUGAAAUUGUAAUUUAGCACUGCUGCUGUUUAUAGUUGUGUCUACCGUGGACCAAGAAUCAUCCUUCGUGACAAUCACCAGUGACAUGCUCUUGUUGCUUUUUUAUUUAGUUUCAGUGCCUUCUUUAGAGUUGUACUGCUAUUAUUUAGCCUUUCCGCAAUGCACACGUUCUGUUUAGUCAUAAUAUAUAUAUUAUAAAUGCUUAUAUGGACCUCUAAAGCCUUAAUGUCUUUGUGCAUUGUCUGUUUAUAUACUGUAUGUCUGUGAACAUGCUUGAUUUUGUGCCUUGUUGCCAUUUUCUCCCUCAGGUUCAUAAACUUUGUUCUGCUGCACAGACUGUAUACUCCCUCUUGCACUCAAAUAGCCUAUGCAAGGAGUAAAACAGCUGGGCCUUUAUGAUGAAGUAAUGCUACAUCAAGAAUCGCUUUCUCUUUAGUCGAUAUUAGUUCAGCCUCACAAAGCAAAGCCCGCAAAUUUCACCUCACUCUGAAAUGUUUGUUAGAUUUAUGCCGGCUUUGCGUGCGAGUCUGCUGUUGUUUAGGAGAUGCUUGUAUCUGUGCCUAUGCAAAACUGUUUUCACUUUAUUACGAUGUAAGCCUUCUUAUUUGUUCGAAUCCCCUCUCUUGGCUUUAUCUGGAGGUUUCUAGACACUGUACACUGAACUCAUAUGGAUGUGUAAACUUGUAGCAGAGGGAGAGGUGGAUUUAUUUUAUGUUGCUUUAUAUGGUGUGUUUGCUUUCAUACAAUCCAGAGGUGUUAAAAAUAUAAUGGGCUAUUAUAUAAAAUAAAGUCAAUUUUGU